AUGGUUUUGGCCAUGGCGUCUCAGGAUGCUCAGAACUUCUUCCAGCCUCUAUCUUCCUGGAUAUCUCGGGUUUAUGAAGCUCUCCAGCAAGCAGGAGAUACGCUAUCUGCUUCGCUGGUUAACUUAAGCAAACAAGACUCUAAAUUGAGUGAAAAGCUAGACCAGGACUUAGAUGAUACUCAGAUUCAGGAAACUUACUUUGAAGAUGAAGAACAAGGCAAUGAUUGGCGUCAAGAGGAUGCAAAUCCCUUGUUUCUUGAAGUGGAUCAUUUCUCCUAUCGUAAUAGGGAUUUGCAGGACUCUGCCCAAAGUUCGAGCCCCAGACUUAGCCAACAUGCAAAGGACUCAUGUUCCAUAAUGUCCCAGUGGCCCAAUCAGACCCUUGAUGACCAAAAGCCACCACAUGUGCUUUCUUCUAUUGCUGAGGAAGAAUACCACCUUGAAAAACAAAGGAGUGACCUUCAACACAGCUUUGACAGCCAGCUCUCUGGUAUUUUAGAAAAUGUUAAUGGAAAAAAGCAAGUUAACAGCUUUGGAGAUGAUGAAGAGCCAUGCACGUCUUCUGACAGUGACGAAGAGGUGAUCAAACAAUUUGAGAUUUCUGUGUCCCGGUCCCAGAGUUUCCAUUCAGAAGCAUCUGAAAAAGGAAAGCAGGUGGGAUUGGAACAAAAAUCAAAAUUCAGCCACCUGCUCCCUACCCAUGAGGAGGAUAACACAGAAGUGUCUGCCUGCGAAGAUUUGGAUGGAGCCAGCCAGCUGAGUUAUUCUGAGAAUCUGUCCUACGGUGAAGAUGACCCUGUUUCUGCCCAUUCACAGUCCCCAUGUGAGGUGGGGAACACCAGGCACCAUGGCACAGCUCCCCAAGAGACCAGCGUGCCUCGCAGCCUCAGUCACCAGUCCACAGAAGGCAGCUUGGAAUUGGAGACAGGCUUUAAUAACCAGGGAUUUGAAGAGUCCUAUGCUGCUGAUAGCUCUUCCAUGUGGAGUCCAGAGGAACAGGAUGGGGCCAAUUUCCAGGUGCCAGCCGGGGUCUUGGAGCCCAUCUCAAAAUGUGGUGACCUGGAUGUCAUCUUUGAAUAUAGAGCCUCCAGCCAGAAGCUCACAGUGACCAUUGUGAGAGCACAGGGCCUCCCAGAUAAGGACCGAAGUGGUGUCAACUCCUGGCAAGUUCACGUAGUGCUGCUGCCCAGUAAGAAACAGAGGGGCAGGACAAGCAUACAGAGAGGCCCCAACCCUGUCUUCACGGAGAAGGUCACCUUCACCAAGCUGGAGCCCAGACAUGUGGCUGCCUGUGCUGCCCGCUUCCGUCUGUAUGCUGCCCGCAAGAUGACCCGUGAGAGAAUGAUGGGAGAGAAGCUAUUCCAUCUCAGCCUCCUGCACCCAGAAGGGGAAAUGAAAGUGACUCUGGUUCUGGAGCCAAGAAGUAAUAUCAGUAGUGGAGAGUCUCCGCUCAGCCCAUCUGCAGUUUCUCACAGUGAUAGUGCUUCAUCCACGCAGUCGCUGUCUCAUGGAGGAGCGCCAGAGCUGUUGGUGGGGCUGUCCUACAAUGCCACAACGGGGCGAUUAUCCGUGGAAAUGAUCAAAGGCAGCCAUUUCCGAAACCUCGCUGUUAAUAGAGCGCCUGAUACAUACGGAAAGCUCUUUCUUCUCAAUUCUGUGGGUCAUGAGAUGUCCCGCUGUAAGACGUCCAUUCGACGUGGUCAGCCCAAUCCAGUCUACAAGGAGACCUUUGCUUUCCAGGUGGCCCUCUUUCAGCUCUCUGAUGUCACACUGAUGAUUUCCGUUUAUAACAGGCGUACUAUGAAGCGUAAAGAGAUGAUUGGUUGGAUUGCUCUGGGCCAAAACAGUAGCGGAGAAGAGGAACAAGACCAUUGGGAGGAAAUGAAGGAAACCAAAGGCCAGCAAAUCUGCAGAUGGCACACCUUGCUCGAAUCCUAG